CACACAUACACACACACAGGAGGAGACCCUGAGGGAGUUCACAUGUUCACAUGAAUGACAGAGUCUCCUCCUCUUCCUCCUCAUCUUCAUCAUCUUCAUCACUUUCCUCCUCAGAAACAGUGACGCGGUUCAAUCACGACGUGGUUUUUAAUGUUCAGUGAAGAAGAAGAAGAAGAAGCAGAAGAGAGCCUCUCCUCCUCCUCUUCAUAACCAUCAUCAUCAUCAUCAUCAUCACUGUGUCUCUGUUGUAAAAGCGCUCGGGCAGCAGCAGCAGAAGAAGAAGGAGGAGGAGGAGGAGUAAGGAGUGAGUGAGUGAGAGAGGAACGCGAGGAUGGAGCGCAUGGAGUCCAUGGAGCCGAUUUCCAAACACUACACCACGGAUUAUCCCGAGAUUCAGCCCGAGCGCGAGGACCAGGACAGAACUCCGCCCUCAGCUCCGCAGACUUACGACGAGGAUUUAGUUCACAAGACGAUCCUGGUCGGGGACAGCGGCGUGGGAAAAACUUCUCUGCUGGUGCAGUUUGAUCAGGGAAAGUUCAUCCCCGGCUCGUUCUCUGCUACAGUCGGCAUCGGAUUCACAAAUAAAGUUGUGAACGUGGACAACGUGAAGGUCAAACUCCAGAUCUGGGAUACGGCCGGACAGGAGCGCUUCAGAAGUGUGACACAUGCGUAUUACAGAGACGCUCACGCUUUGCUCCUCCUCUAUGACAUCACCAGCAAAUCAAGCUUUGACAACAUCAGAGCCUGGUUAACAGAGAUCCAUGAGUAUGCACAGAGCGAUGUGGUCAUCAUGUUGCUGGGCAACAAGGCCGACAUGAGCAGUGAGAGAGCGAUCAGGAGAGAUGAAGGAGAGAGGCUGGCCAGAGAAUAUUCUGUUCCUUUCAUGGAGACGAGUGCGAUGACUGGAGUUAAUGUAGAGCUGGCCUUCACUGCUGUGUCUAAAGAACUAAAACACAGAUCUGUGCGACAUCCCAGUGAACCCAAGUUCCAGAUCCACGAGUACAUCGAAGCACGGAAGGAGAAGUCGAGCUGCUGCAGCUACUUUUAAAAACGAGCCCUAACAUACACUGCUGAUGAAAGCCAACAGGGGGCGCUGCUCUCCGGAGUUUCUCCCCGACUUUGCUGCAAACAUCGUGCGACAGAAUGAACCAAACACUGUGUUGAGGAUUAAAAUGAAAAAGUUGGUCUUAUUUUAUAAAAAGUUGUUCUGAUGUUGACAAAAACGAUGCGACGCAGCUGCAGAAACUCGUGAACGUGUGAUUGUUCGUCCAGUUUUCUUCUUAUUAAAGGUCCAGUGUGUGAGGGUUAGUGACACCUGCUGGUGAAACAACAGAGUUCACUCUUCACUUUUCUAAAACCUCAGUGAACUACAGAGGCCUUCGUGUGCCACAAAGGAUGUCAAAGCUGAUUUUUCCUUCUUCUUCUUCUUCUUCUUCUUCAUUGGUUUAUUCAUCAGGUUUAUGUGGGCGGAGCCAUUCUUCUUCUUCAGUUCACUAAAAGGUGUAAUGCUGCCCUCGACGGUUCAAAGUUCUUAAUCAGAGUUUGAAUUUCUUCUACUUCCCUUUCCUAUUCUUCUUUAUCCUUUUCUUCCCUUACUUCCUCGUUUACUUCUUCCUCUCUUACUUCCUCUUCUUCUCCUUCCCUUACUUCCUUUUCUUCCUCUUCCUUUUUCUUCUUCUCUUCUACUUCCUCUUCUUUCUCAUCCUUUUCCUCUUCUUCUUCCUCUCCUACAAGCAUUCCAGUUGUAGUCGGAAGUCGGAAUUCCCGACUUGAAGGGCUGUUCCAGUUGAAGGAACUUCCCUCUUAAAUUAAAUUUUUAAACUCUAACUGUGAAUUAGAGCAACUUCACAUUCUUCUUUUACGUAGGAUUCCAAAAUGGCUGCCACUCAUGCAAAUAGUAAAAAAUCACUUCCGUUGUGUUUGUUUCUCAGCAAAUCAGUCGUACAUGGAGCUAACGACGGCUAACGACGGCUAACCUGAGAUACGUUUGCGUCCAUAUUUUUAUUCAAGUCAGAGAUCACGUCAAUUCUGAUGUAAAUUAUGAAGAACAAACGAUUUUUUAAGCCAUUUUAACAAAACAAAUCUCACAAACUGGACCUUUAAUCUCUGAAACACGUGUAUUUACGGCUGAGUCGAUUAUUGAUGACAGUUUUUUGGCAUUAUUGACUGCGUAUAAAUGUGUAUUUUUAUCGGCCUGAUGACUUUUUUUCAGUAGCAUGUUAGCGAUCGCAUGUAUCAAGUGUGUGUGUGUGUGUGCGUUCUCUGCCUCGACAUAAACACACAGUGUUAAAUAUUAUUCAUAUUUGCAUCAUGAAAUGAACACAGAACAAACUCAUUUUAGCACUAAAAUCUAAAUUUGAACUCAGGGUCAAAAGUUUGGUCUUAGAUUAUUUAUGUAUUUAUUUAUUCUCCUUAUCUUUAGUCAAAUUAUAAUUGAGAUUCUUUAGCUUUUGCCUUAACCACAUUAAUUUGACGUAUUGGGAAUUAACAUAAAUAUAAAGCACUAAUGAUCGAUGAUGUCACACAGAAGGGUUUUUUAUGAGUACAGUAUGCAACGCUCCUCUCUUCUGCCAAUAUUUUACAAUAUUUAUAAUAACUGUUAUUGUUUUGUCAUGGGCUCAGGUCUGAUACAGAUUAUAAUAUGAAAUGAUUCCC